GCCUCAUCAUCAAAUCUCGAUCUAUCAGAACUAGGCCGCGUGGCCAUCGGCGGCGACUUCGACAGCAUCUCAUUGUAUCAAUAUCUCGGACAGAACGAGAACCUGUCCAAUAAUGGCAGCCAGUCACUCCUCACGCGAUAUCCCGAUGGCUCCUUUCGAUCACUCGCAUUGGCCGAUGCUGACGCGACCAUCGCCGCCAUGUGUCCGUUUGUCACCACGGAUGGAACAUUACAAGGCGUGGUCGUGGGAGGAAAUUUCACAAGUUUAGGAGGUGUACAGGCGGCGUCGGUCGCGUUGUGGAAUCCGACGAGUAAUGAGGUGGUUGCGCUGCCGGGAUUAUCAGGACCGGUUAAUGCAUUGUAUUGCGACGCGACAUCAGGCACGGUGUACGUUGGUGGAAAUUUCAUGGCGGGUAAUUCGACAAAUGCCAUGGCGUGGACAACGGGCUGGGUGAACUUGCCGUUUGCUGGGUUUAAUGGACCGGUGCAGACUAUUGAGAAGAACUCUGCAGGCAACAUUGUCUUUGGCGGUCAAUUCGAUGGACUGGGCAACACAACCUCGCCGAAUGGUUCGAAGCAGGCCGAUUCGCAGGCUAUCAAUCUCGGUUCCGGCAGCAUCACCGCCGCAGGAUCAUCGAGCACUGCUGGAUUUAGCGAUCCGGCCAACAUCAUCUGUCAGCGUGGAUCCGAUGAAGCCGGCAACACCUGGCUGCUUAAUGACAACACGGGAGGAUACUGGGAUGUUCAGUCUGGAUUUGGCUUCAUUCCGACCAAUUUCAGCCUGUACAACACUGCGCGAGAUGGUCGCGGCACCAAGACCUUCUACUUUGAAGAGAUGAACAGUGGCGGCGUCCUCAAUCUGACAUACACCAACUCUGUCAGCGGUGAGACAGAGUGGUGCGUUGAACGAUGCCCUCUUCCGGAGAACAACAGCACUGCCCAGGACUUUGCUUUCGUCAGGCCCAUCGGCAUGAACCACUUCCGCAUCUGGAUUACGGAAUGGUACGGCGCUGGUGCAGGUCUCAGCGGCAUUGAGAUGUUCUCCGAUGACAUGUUCGACUAUGCGGUCAAUUCAUUCAACGAGCCAAAGUGUAGCAUCACUACCGGUCAAGGCACCAGCUCGACCGCAACACCUGCUGAUCGCUGGGUUCGAACUCCCAAUCAAGGCCUGACUGAGUCGGACUUCUUGACUGCCACUUUGACUGAGCCCUCGCAAGUCUCGGACGACACGAGAGUCGUGUUCCAGCCAGUCCUACGUGAAUCUGGGAACUAUUCCGUCACGGUCUACACUCCUGGUUGUGUCUUGGAUGGGAGCUGCGCUACGCGAGGACGGGUCAACAUGACUGGCACGAUGACCUCGAGCGACACCAUCUCGCAAGUGCUGUUCCAAACCAACAACUACGACAAGUUUGAUCAGAUUUACUACGGCUACAUCGACGCUGACAGCAGCCCGAUGGUCACGCUCACUCCAGUGGCUGGACAGCAAGUCCCUUUGACUGUCGUAGCGAAUAGGGUCCGCUUCGAAUUGGUCACUUCGACUGCUGGAUCGACUGGAGAACUCAACGGGCUGUACGAAUACAACCCGAGAGAGGUCACUUCGGAUUCUGCCAACUUCUCCAGCUCAGCUGUGAACACUGCCGGGUCAUCGCUCCAGUCUCGCGCCACCAUCAACAAGGUCGUUCAAGGGAGUGACGCUCUGUUCGUCGGUGGCUCUUUCAACAGCGACAGCUUUCACAACAUCAUGGCGAUCACCGAUGAAGCAACGACUCUCGUCAAGGGUGGUCUCGACGGCGCUGUCUUGGAUAUGUACAUGGAAGACAAAGACUUGUACAUUGGCGGCACCUUCAACAACACCAAGGACAGUCCCACUGAAGGAUUGAACCACAUAGCACUGUUCUCAACCGCCAACAACGAGUGGUCAGCAUUGGGAGGUGGCGUCAACGGCGCUGUCUACAGCAUCGUCCCUCUCCAGCUCAACGUCACGACUGGCAAUCUGCAGAACGUGAUUACCCUCACUGGAAACUUCACCUCCGUCAACUCAUUCGGAGGCAAUGCUGCAUUUGAGGCGUCUGGCUUCACGGUCUGGGUUCCUAGCGAGAAGAAUUGGCUCCAUAAUGUCCAGUUUGCCAACGUCGCUCUGGGAGGCGAACUCACCGCCUACUCCACCGUCCCGGGUAUGGCGCCGGUCUACGGCGGUGUCAUUACCUCGCAAGGUCUCGAGUACAGCAACGUAGUCGAGCUCGUUGGCGGCAAUGAGCCCAAGCUUGAAGCGUUGGAUGUUCAACUUCUCCGUGCAUCUCGAUCCGAUCCAAGCACGACCUCUUCCAAGCACAAGCGUGCCCUGAUCGGUGAGAACGCUGGCCAAAACUACACCGGCGUCUACGAUGGUCUCUUCUACAGCCAGAACAAUCUCAACAUCACUGUCUUGGGUGGAAGCUUCUCCGCUAGCACCGGCAACGGUCAGUCUGUGGAGAAUCUCGUCUUCAUCAACAAUACCGACUCCACUGCCAGCACUUCCGGCAUCAGCGGUUUGUCCAGCGACUCCAUCUUCGUCGCCAUGGACACGUACGAGACCCAACUCUGGGCCGGCGGAGCGAUCAACGGCACUGCUGGCGGUAACGAAGUCACCGGCCUGAUUGUCUACGACCUCGUGGCCAACGACUUUGUCUCACCUCAUCCACCAGCUCUGAAUGGCGACAACGUGGUUGUGAACGCCGUCUCCGCCCAGCCAUCAUCAACAAACGUCUACGUGGGCGGGCAUUUCUCCAGCGCGGGCUCUCUACAGUGCGCAGCGCUCUGCACCUAUGACACGAAACAGCUUGCCUGGCAAUCUCUGGGCACGGGCCUUCGCGGUACCGUCAACGACAUGAUGUGGGCGAGCAAGACUCAGCUCAUCAUCGCGGGCAAUCUCACCAUCUUCGGCAACGCGACCACCAUGGCGACGUACGACACCAAGAAGCAGAUAUUCGAAGCCUACACCGGCGCCUCUACCCUUCCCGGCCCCAUCGUCGCUCUCACAGCCGUGAGCAACUCCUACGACGAAUUCUGGGCCGCCGGCGUAUCCACCUCCGACAACUCCGCCUUCCUCUACAAAUUCGCCGAUAACACCUGGACGCCCGCCACCGGUCUCGGCGCCGACUCCUCCAUCCGAAAACUCCAAAUCAUGCCCCUCUCCACUCCCCACGCCAACUCCGAACUCAUGUCCUCCAACCAAGUCCUCCUCAUCCUCGGCGCGGUCGAACUCCCUUCCCUCGGCAACGCCAGCGCCGUCCUCUUCAACGGCACGGCGUACGAACCCUUCAUCUUGACGUCCAUGCAAGGUGGUGGACAAGGGAGUCUGUCCGCGCUGUUUGUCAGUCGACCGCAGAAUCUCAUGUCGGGCGGGGGACAUCAUCUCGCGUUAGGACUGGUGGUCGUCAUCGGUCUGGCCAUCGCGUUGGGCAUUGUAUUCUUGAUGGUUGUCGCGGGCAUUCUGAUGGAGAGGAGGAGGAGGAAGAAGGAGGGUUACGUCCCCAUGACGGUGGACAAGGGCGCGAAUUUAGAACGCGUGCCGCCGGAGAAGUUGUUUGGUCAGGGAGCGAUGGGCAAGGACGGAGCGCCGCGGAUAUGA